UCGCAUUUAGGUUGGCGGCAAAGCUUACUUCAGCUCCGGCCCGCCUGGCCCAAGCCCGCCGCAGGACCACGUCCCCGCUGGGCCCGGAGCGGAGCCCGCCUUUCUCCGGCGGCAGCCCCGCCCCGCGCGCUGGGCCCGCCCCCGCGGGGAGAUUGAAGUCUGCAUCCCGCCCUCCGCUGAAGACCCGCGGGCUUCCGCCCCCGACCCACUGAUUUCCGGAGAGGUGUCCUGGAGGUAGCAGAAUUUGAUCUGGACCUUGAAGGAGAAGAAUUCAGGAAAAGCAACUGUGAGAGAAACAAGAGCAAGAGAAUUUCUGGAGUGGUCCAGGAGCAGAAAGUGAUCAUUAUCAUUCAUUUGGUGAGAAAGCUGAACGAGAAUAAUAAUAGAAAAUUUAAGUGGAACAGGAUUUAUUCUCCCCACACUUAUAAACCAAUGAAGAGAAAAUGGGAAGAAAAACUGAAGCGAAUUGAAGAACUAGCAUCUCAGUAUGAGAGGAAACCAUUGUCCUCUGUUUAUAGACCAAGAUUGUCCAAGUCAGAAGAACCACCCUCCAUUUGGAGGCUGUUUUAUCGACAAAAUCAAGCUUUUAAUUUUGUUAAAAGCUGUAAAGAGGAUGUUCACGUAUUUGCUUUGGAAUGUAAAGUGGGAGAUGGUCAACGCAUUUACCUUGUAACAACCUAUGCUCAACUUUGGUUUUACUAUAAAUCUCGAAAAAAUCUCAUGCACUGCUAUGAAGUUAUUCCUGAAAAUGCUGUAUGCAAACUUUAUUUUGAUUUGGAAUUUAACAAACCUGCCAAUCCUGAAGCCGAUGGGAAAAAGAUGGUUGCAUUACUCAUAGAGUAUGUUUGUAAAGCACUUCAAGAAUUAUACAAUGUUAGUUGUUCAUCUGAAGAUGUUUUCAACUUGGAUUCUAGCACUGAUGAAAAAUUUAGCCGUCAUUUAAUAUUUCAACUCCAUGAUGUGGCAUUUAAAGAUAAUGUUCACGUUGGUAAUUUUGUCAGAAAGAUUCUGCAACCUGCUUUUCACUUUAUUGCCAGUGAAAAUGAUGAUAGAAUUCUAGAGAUAACAGACCAUGAAUCUUCCCAUUUUUCUGAAGCACCAUUAAAACAAGGGAGUUCCUUGAACAAAAUGUUGACAGUUAAGGAUAUAGGAGAGAGCUGGGCGUUAAAUUUGGAGGAACUGGAGAGACUGGGGUCAGCUGACAAAAGUGGUCCUGAUCUUUCAUUUUUAAUUGUAAAGAACAACAUGGGAGAAAAGCAUCUUUUUGUGGAUCUAGGAGUUUAUACAAGAAACAGAAACUUCCGACUGUAUAAAUCAUCAAAAAUAGGAAAGCGUGUCGCUUUGGAGGUUGCUGAAGAUAACAAAUUUUUUCCCAAACAGUCAAAAAGUAUUUCUGAAGAAAAUCAAUAUUUCCUCUCUUCCUUGGUCAGCAAUGUCAGAUUUUCAGAUACUUUACGAAUUCUUACGUGUGACGCACCUCAGAUUAAACGAAAGCAAGCUGAAUAUUUGAAUAGUACCAUCACUUCAGUAGAAACCAUUGAAGGUUUUCAGUGUUCACCCUAUCCUGAAGUUGAUCGUUUUGUUCUUUCUUUGGUGAAUAAAAAUGACAUUAAAGGAGGAAUUCGGCGCUGGAGCUACUUUUUCCCAGAAGAAUUAUUGGUUUAUGAUAUUUCCAAAUUCCGGUGGUGUGAAAACAUUGGAAGAGCCCACAAAAGUAAUAAUAUCAUGAUUCUGGUUGAUCUGAAAAAUGAAGUUUGGUAUCAAAAAUGUCAUGACCCUGUGUGCAAAGCAGAAAACUUCAAAUCUGACUAUUUUCCAUUACCUGCUGAAGUCAGUCUUCUGUUUCUUCUCAAACAGGAAGAAGAGUUUACAGAAGAUGAAACUGGGCACAAUGAAACCAAGAAUCCUCAUGAGCUCCCGUCAACAGCAGGUGCAUCUGCCGAUGCUGACUGGGAUAAUGGCACUGAUGAUGCUUGCUUUUUAGAAGCAACCGAAGAUGCUGAAUUAGCUGAAGCUGUAGAGAAUAGUCUUCUUACUUCUCAUAGUAGUACAGAGGAUGAAAUUCCCGAUGAACUAAUUAUUGAGGUAUUUCAAGAGUAGCUCUCUGUGGACAGUGCUUACUAUCCAGGCAAAAAUUUGCCUGAAGUCUGAGAUUUGAUAACAGAUUUAUUAAAUUAGGCCUCGGAGUGCAGCUCAGUGGUAGAGUGCCUGCUUGUCUAGCAUGCAAAGGCCCCAAGUUCAAUCUCCAGCUGCACACAAAAUAAUUAUGUUAACUUAUUAAGUCUGUUUAUAUCAAUUGUGUUUUUAUCACUUUAUCUUCCAAUUUGUUAUUUACUAAAGUAAACCAGUUUUAUUGAAAAUUGGCUUUGGUGUUUUUAAACUCAUUCAAUAGACAUCUCAUUAACCAAAAUUGGUCUGUGUUCACAAUGACAUAAUUUUAAAAGUUUAUUUAUAGAUUAAUACUCAUGUCUGGGUUUUAAUAUCUGGGGCUGAUUAAAAUAAGGUAUUAGCAUUUUAUUAUCAGGAAAGAUGACUAUGGCUUCUAAGACCAACUUGUUUCAUUUAUUUUAGUGAUUAAGUCAUACUUUUAAAAAAGUUUGAGAUGUGUUAUGUAGGUAAUAUUUCAUAGACUGGUCUUCUCAUUCCUGGCCAAGGAGCUUUCCUAAUUGAUGAUUGAUAUUUUGCAGAUGGUUUUCAGCUCCCAGAAGUGUUCUGGCUUUAAAUAACAGAGCUGGAAGGCUGGAUGAAUCAUACUGUUGAAGACAGAAAAUUAUAUAAGUUCACAAAUAUUAAAUAGUUGACCAAUGUCGAUAGAACAAUUUUUGAUAGAACUUUUGAUAGCUACUUCUUUCAUUUUUUAACCAAGAUCAUUAAGAAAAUUGGCUUUAAUUCACUCUGUAAUAUAAAGUUACAAGGGAACCACUCUAUAAAGCUCAAACUGAUCUAUUUAUCCAAUAUGAAUAGUUGGUUCAAGGAGAACUGCAGCAUUAGAUUAAAACAAAAUCAUGCCUGUGACAGGUAAACAACUGCUCUGGGCAAGUGUGCUAAUCUGAGGUGGGGUUUGUUUGAUCUCAUAUCUAUUUUAAAACACAAAAAAAAGUAAGGUAGGUAUUUUUUACUGCAAGAACUGAUGGAAUGAGAACACCAAACUUAUUAUAAAAGUUUAUAAUAAAAAUCCAAAAUAUCUAGAAAAAUUGGGAGGAUCAGUUAAAUGUCUUAAUGGGUUAAGAACAUUUGAAUUGCAACCUUUAAGUUACAGGUUUCAGUUAUGUAAAUAUUUCAGUGAAACUGACAUAGGUGCAUUAAAAUGGGUUGGAAAUUGAAUCUGUAGAGUUUAUAUAUUGUAUAGUAUAAUAACUACAUUACAUUGUAUAAUUAUAUGUUACUUAAUUGAUCAUAUUUAAAUUUUUAUACAUGUUCUACUGCUUUGGGAUUUUUCUACUCCUCUAGCUUUCAUUGAAUAGCUAAAAAAAGAUAUAUAAUAAAUUUUCAUUGCUUUAUAUUAUGCUGUUCAUUUGUCUUAAAGCUUCUAGUACUAAUUAGCAUGGAAAUACCCUUCAUCAUCUAAAGCACAAUAAAAAGUAAAAAUCCAACUUA